UUUAAUAUGAAAAGGAAACAGAGGCCAGGGUCUGCCACCCAAAAACAAGGAAACGAUGGGUGCAUGUAAGGCACCCAUUUCCAAUCUUCAGCUACCUUCGUCAUCUCCCAUCAACAAAACCCCAGAAAACAUCACUAGGCGCUUCUUCCUUUUCUCUCUUCCUCUAUGUGCUUCUUCUUCUAUUGUUACUACGACUCCUCUUCUUGUUCUUGCUAAUAAUAUACCAACUGUUCAAGCUAAUUCUUGUGUUGCUCGAGCUGAGAGCUAUGACCCAGUGAACCGAGCUGAGAAAGAGGCCAGCGCCACCUUAUCUCGGAGAAUAUCGGAGGCUAUAGAUUUGUUGGAGAAAGGGAGGGAAUUCCAGGCUCAAGGUGACUUCAUUGAUGCUCUUCUUUACUUCACUCAGGUGGUUGAAAAUUAUAAAGACUUUGCAUUCUCAGAAUAUGCAAGAGUGGGAAGAGCACUGGCCCUUUAUGAGAUUGGAGACAAAGAAGAGGCAAUUGCUGAGAUGGAGGAUGUUUCCAUAUCAUUGAAGGGAUAUCCUGAAGUACAUGCAGCUCUUGCAGCAGCCUUAUACGUGGACAAGCAUGCCCCCCUGUUAGCAGAAAAUCAGUUCACAAUUGCAACUCUGCUUGAUCCUCACUAUACGGACCUUUCAUAUGUAAAAGAAACUAAGCAUUGGCCUCCAAGUUUGAUCAGUUCUUUGCAACGGUUCAUCACACUUUCCUAGGGAGCUGAAUUGUACAUAAGAGACUUAUUGGAAUCCAUCAAUCUCUUGUUCGUUAGUUGCCCAGAAUAAAUCACUAGGGAAUUCAAGGUUUAAGUUACAAAGCAAUUGGUUUGCUAACUUUUACUGCCGUUUUAUACCUUUAUUCUUUUACCAUUUGGUUUCUUGGAGGGGUUUGUUGAGAGAGUGAUUACUGUGGUAUGAUCCUGUCUGUCUAUAUCUUAGACUACAAAACUGUGUAUGGCAAGUUAGCUUGUAAACAUAAUGUUCAAAUUUAAAAUAGCAAUACUCUUGUUGAUGGAUUAA